CCACGCGAUAGUAGCAGUCGGCCGUCUAAAACCGCGAAACACGUAACCCGCGUUCUCGUUACAGGAAGAGUAUCCCCUCGUGAGACUCUCUUCGGUCGAGCCAACUUUUACACCCCGCUUUUAAUUGCGUAUGUAAUGUGCGGCGAAUUUCGAGGGAAAAUUCGAGGACGCGUCGUUUCUUCCCUACGUUGUACCCUUCCUCGAUCAUGCUCCUAUCCAUUCGCUCGUGCCUGAUACCGACAUUCGACAACGCGAACCGAAUCACGGCUGAUAUCAACAGCACCAUCGCUGUCAUCAUCACCUGUGCCACGAAUAUCGUGACUUUGUGACAUCAAUCCGGCGAAAUCGAUUGAAUCGCAACCGGCGAUCGGGAAAAGCCGUGACCUUGAAGGUUCACGUUGCAAGCGAGAGACAUGCCAGAUUAGGGGGGAAGGGGGGCAAUUAACGCGCGUUAUGCGAUCAUGAUGCGCUAAUGGAGAACAAUCGCGGUACCCGCGUUAUUUUCCUCGGAAGAAAGAACACAUGAUUGCGUUGCGAUGCACGUAUAGGAUAUACAAUGGUAUUCGAAAGACAGAUAAUUUUAACCGAAUGAAUAUACCACUGAAGAUAGAAGAAGUUGUAAACUUUUGACAUUUCUCGAUUGCUGCCAUUCGUGUGUUCUGUACUUACUUUAAUAUCGCGGUCGAUAGAGAUAUAUUGUGCCAAAUGUCAUUAUCGAUAUCCAUACGUGAUAGAUACAGAUAGAUACGUGACAAGUGUGUUGAGACAAAAGUUUCAUCGGUCCUUUACAAGAUAUAUAAUCAAAUCAUAGAUUGACGGAAGCUUAAAAAUUGAUUUAGCAUCAGGCUAUCUCAUCGAAGUGCAUUUUACGUAUAAUUAAUUUGUGAAAAGAUAUGACGGUAUCGUAGAAUUACAAUGAUUCUCCGAGGUGUCUCAAUGAGAAAACAAAAUGACAAAAAAACAGACAAGAAGGAGAGCUCUCAUAAAUGCGACGGCGAUGCUCUGACGUCCAGCCGCCUCGAGAACGUCGCGAGAAUCAUCAUCUUGGACGAUCAUCGCGUGUCGGGGUGAUUACGGUCGCGAGGGACCGUCGUCGUAGUGGCUCGGCUGCGCACGGCGAAACAUGAACGACAGCGAGAUCUAUUUAUUGAGUAGCUGGGACGACGAGGCACAUCCAUUAAACGACGAUUUGAUCGGAAAGAGUUUCUACAACACGAGCUAUCCGCCGUUCUUCAAUCAGACCUACGAGGAUCUCUGGGGACUUGCCUCGGAUCGAAUUGGUCUUGCGAUUGUUCUGCUGCUCUUUUCCGUAGCUACCGUCUUCGGAAAUUCGUUGGUAAUCCUCGCGGUAUUUCGCGAGAGGCAUCUGCACACGGCGACGAACUACUUCGUGACCUCGUUGGCUUGCGCCGAUUGUCUGGUAGGCCUGGUGGUGAUGCCGAUCAGCGCGGUGUACGAGGUAUUAGAGAAUCGUUGGCUCUUUACGACGGACUGGUGCGAUGUAUGGCGAUCGCUGGAUGUUCUUUUCUCCACCGCGUCCAUCCUGAAUCUGUGCGUCAUUAGCCUGGAUCGUUACUGGGCGAUCACCGAUCCCUUCACGUAUCCGAUGCGUAUGACCAGGAAACGCGCGGCCAUUCUGAUCGCCAUCGUGUGGAUCUGCUCGAGCGCGAUCUCCUUUCCCGCGAUAGCGUGGUGGCGAGCGGUACGCACCGAGGAUGUACCCGAGGACAAGUGUCCGUUCACGGAGAAUCUCGGCUACCUGAUAUUUUCCUCGACAAUUAGCUUCUACCUGCCGUUAUUCGUGAUGGUGUUCACGUAUUACAGAAUCUAUCGCGCCGCGGUGAUACAGACGAGGAGUCUAAAACUCGGUACGAAACAAGUGAUGAUGGCCUCUGGCGAGCUCGAACUCACGCUCAGGAUGCAUCGGGGCGGUGUAUCCACAAACACCGACGCCAGGCACCUCUUUCGCACCGCCUCGAGCACGCCCGAGGAUCUCCAGGAUCUCGAGGAACCAUUAACGGUUCCGCUCCACAACAACGGUCUCACCAGAGUGCCGUCUGUGCGGAUUAACAACAAGCAGCAUCUGGGCAAAAAUUUCUCCCUGUCGCGGAAGCUCGCCAAGUUCGCCAAGGAGAAGAAGGCGGCGAAGACUCUCGGCAUCGUAAUGGGUGUCUUUAUUAUCUGUUGGCUGCCGUUCUUCGUUGUGAAUUUAUUGUCGGGAUUCUGCACGAGGUGCAUAUGGCAGGAGGAAAUCAUUUCCGCUGCUGUCACCUGGCUCGGCUGGAUUAACAGCGGAAUGAAUCCCGUAAUAUACGCCUGCUGGAGUAGAGACUUUCGUAGAGCUUUUGUCAGAAUUUUAUGCAUCUGUUGUCCCAGACGAAUGAAACGACGGUAUCAACCGGCAUUUAGAUGUAAACCAAGUCAGUAUAUUUCCGGAAUGGCAGCGGGAGGGCAAGCAAGUAAUGUAAGCUACAGUAGUGUCAGCCAAAGCAGCGAUGGCGGCAUAUACGCGACCGGAAGUGGACCUUCCAGCGGCGGUAUGUGACGACACACGCCGGCCCGAUCGGGGCCACGUCGAGAGCGAGCAAUUCGAUUCCGUGACGCGUGAUUAGUGACACAGUCACGAUCAAGAAGAAUCGAUCUCCAUGAAACUGGAAGAAUUGUUCCGUGCAGUUUACUUUUAUUGCAUCUGAAAAAUGUCAAGAGAACGUGCUUUGAGAAAGUGCUUUGGACGGUAAUACAAUUUAUUGUUGCAAGACGUAUCUGCGAAAUAAAAAAAAUAGAACCGUGUUAUGGAUAGAGACGAGAGACUUGAUAAAUGAAUAUAAACCGCGAAAUAUCUGAAGCCGCGAAACACGUACUUAACAGACUUUCGCAACGGUUUUCAAAUUGCCACGAUUUAACUUAAAACGAGUCGUUGGACUCUCGCUUCUGUAAUCGUAUUAACGAGCGAACAAAUGUACUCCGUCAUUGCGCGCGAACUCUUGAAGAGAAGUAAAAACUGUGUCGUAAAAUCUAGCUGUACGACCUGGUCAGCUCCAGGCGUAAUGUGCCACAAGAGACUAAACUUGUAGAUGUUCUAUUCAUGUUACGGAAAAAGAUCUUAUAGGAAAAAAGUAUUUCCUUGUGAAAUUUUAACACACACGAUCUCUCGUCUAAAACGCUGGUUGUAUCAAUUAUUAUCGAUCAAUGCUACCUCUGAUUAGUCAAACUUUCUGAAACUGUUAAUAGAAAUUAUAAUGUGUAAAAGUGGCAGUCAUAUACACACACAAUAUAAAAAAUUACACAAUUGCUAGUCCAAGAUUACCUAAUACUGUCGAUGCAACCAAAGAUAAAUAUUGUACGAGACCAAACUAUAGAUAUCUGUGACAAAAUUAGGUAAACUCGCAAUAUUACUCGACAGGACUUAUUCAAUGGCAAGAUACACGCAUAUAGAUAUGAAUAGAUGUAAAUAACAAACAAAAGCAAUAUAUACAAGUAUAAAAAAAAGUCUCUAACAAGACAAAAAACGAAUACUUGGGCAAUAUAUAUAUUUCACAUUCUUUGAAUAUAACGUACGUAUGAAGAUAGUUUUGUAAAAAACCAGUCAUGUAUAUUGAAUAGCCUUAAAGGAUAGAAAAAGAGUUAGAGGAAAAAAUAUUUUGUUUUUUUAUCUUGAAAUAUAAGUGAAAAAUAAGAAUAAGUUGCGCUUUAUGUAGUUGUAUAUUACGAGGGUGUUUAGACGAACGCAGCUUCCGCGUUCUUUCUUAAAAAGAAAAAAAUCAACUCAACUUUAUGAGAAAUACUCUUAUAUUUUUUAUAAUAAUAUAUAUUAUAUAUUAAAUAAUUUUAUUUUUAUAGUAGACUUUGAUGCGCUCUUACUAUAGCUUGUUACGCUUGAUUAUAUGUCAAUCAAUGUAUUAUACAGUUCUCUUUUCAAUAAUUCAAUAAUUUUUUUGAUAAUUCU